AUGUCCCGAAGCAAUCUCUACUCAUUUGUCGUAUUCGGGAAGUUUUUCACAUCAAAGAAGCGUAUUUUCCGUCUUUCUCCUAUAUCCCUUUUCAAAUUCACCGUCUUUUUGUCUGCUUGUCUCAGGGUGUUUUUAUCUAUCUAUCUAUCUAUCUAUCUAUCUAAUUCUGUGACAUUUAUCUAUCGGCCUAUCUAUCUAUCUAUCUAUCUAUCUAUCUAUCUAUCUAUCUAUCUAUACAAAUUUUUUUAUAUCUAUUUUAAUCUGUUUAUAUCUAUCUCGUUGCUAGCUAUCUCAUUCUAUUCGCAUCUAUCUAUCUAUCUAUCAGUUCACUUCGUGUUUUCACAUCUAUCUAUCUAUCUAUCUCAUCUAUCUAUCUCAGUCUGUUCACAUUCAUCUAUCUAUUCAUCUAUCAGUUCACUUCGGUGUGUUCAUAUCUGUAUGUCCGUUUGUCUGUUUAUUUCAGUGUUUUCAUAUAUCUAUCUAUCUAUCUAUCUAUCUAUCUAUCUAUCUAUCUAUCUAUCUCAGUCUGUUCAUAUCUAUCUAUCUAUCUAUCUCUAUCAGUUCACUUCGGUGUGUUCAUAUCUGUAUGUCCGUUUGUCUGUUUAUUUCAGUGUUUUUUUACAUCUAUCUAUCUAUCUAUCUAUCAGUUCAUCUUCAGGUGUGUUCAUAUCUGUAUGUCCGUUUGUCUGUUUAUUUCAGUGUUUUCUACAUCUAUCUAUCUAUCUAUCUAUCUAUCUAUCUAUCUAUCUAUAUAUCUCAGUCUGUUCAUAUCUAUCUAUCUAUCUAUCUGUAUCAGUUGUCUAUUUUCGGUGUGUUCAUAUCUGUAUGUCCGUUUGUCUGUUUAUUUCAGUGUUUUCAUAUCUAUCAUUCAUCUAUCUAUCUAUCUAUCCUUUGUAUCUAUCAUAUCUAUCAGUCUGUUCAUCUAUCUAUCUAUCAUAUUAUCUAUCAGUUCACUUUCGGUGUGUUCAUAUCUGUAUGUCCGUUUGUCUGUUUAUUUCAGUGUUUUCAUAUCAUUCAUCUAUCUAUCUAUCUAUCUAUCUAUCUAUCUAUCUCAGUCUGUUCAUAUCUAUCUAUCUAUCUAUCAGUUCACUUCGGUGUGUUCAUAUCUGUAUGUCCGUUUGUCUGUUUAUUUCAGUGUUUUUUACAUCUAUCUAUCUAUUUAUCUAUCUAUCUCAGUCUGUUCAUAUCUAUCUAUCUAUCUAUCAGUUCACUUCGGUGUGUUCAUAUCUGUAUGUCCGUUUGUCUGUUUAUUUCAGUGUUUUCAUACAUUCAUCUAUCUAUCUAUCUAUCUAUCUCAGUCUGUUCACAUCUCAUCUAUCUAUCUAUCAGUUCACUUCCGGUGUGUUCAUAUCUGUAUGUCCGUUUGUCUGUUUAUUUCAGUGUUUUCAUUCAUUCAUCUAUCUAUCUAUCUAUCUAUCUAUCUAUCUAUCUAUCUCAGUCUGUUCACAUCUAUCUAUCUAUCUAUCAUCUAUCAGUUCACUUCGGUGUGUUCAUAUCUGUAUGUCCGUUUGUCUGUUUAUUUCAGUGUUUUCUAUCAUCUAUCUAUCUAUCUAUCUAUCUCAGUCUGUUCACAUCUAUCUAUCUAUCUAUCAGUUCACUUCGGUGUGUUCAUAUCUGUAUGUCCGUUUUGUCUGUUUAUUUCAGUGUUUUCAUUUAUCUAUCUAUCAUCUAUCUAUCUAUCUAUCUCAGUCUGUUCAUAUCUGUAUCUAUCUAUCUUUAUCAGUUCACUUCCGUGUGUUCAUAUCUGUAGGUCUGUUUGUCUGUUUAUUUCAGUGUUUUCAUACAUGUAUCUAUCUAUCUAUCUAUCUAUCUAUCUAUCUAUCUAUCUAUCUAUCUCAGUCUGUUCAUAUCUAUCUAUCUAUCUAUCAGUUCACUUCGGUGUGUUCAUAUCUGUAUGUCCGUUUGUCUGUUUAUUUCAGUGUUUUCAUAUCUAUCUAUCUAUCUAUCUAUCUAUCUAUCUAUCUCAGUCUGUUCAUAUCUAUCUAUCUAUCUAUCUAUCAGUUCACUUCGGUGUGUUCAUAUCUGUAUGUCCGUUUGUCUGUUUAUUUCAGUGUUUUCAUAUCUAUCUAUCUAUCUAUCUAUCAGUUCACUUCGGUGUGUUCAUAUCUGUAUGUCCGUUUGUCUGUUUAUUUCAGUGUUUUCAUCUAUCUAUCUAUCUAUCUAUCUAUCUAUCUAUCUCAGUCUGUUCACAUCUAUAUAUAUCUAUCUAUCAGUUCACUUCGGUGUGUUCAUAUCUGUAUGUCCGUUUGUCUGUUUAUUUCAGUGUUUUCAUAUCUAUCUAUCUAUCUAUCUAUCUCAGUCUGUUCAUAUCUAUCUAUCUAUCUAUCAGUUCACUUCGGUGUGUUCAUAUCUGUAUGUCCGUUUGUCUGUUUAUUUCAGUGUUUUCAUAUCUAUCUAUCUAUCUAUCUAUCUAUCUAUCUAUCUAUCUAUCUAUCUCAGUCUGUUCAUAUCUAUCUAUCUAUCUAUCAGUUCACUUCGGUGUGUUCAUAUUGUAUGUCCGUUUGUCUGUUUUAUUUCAGUGUUUUUUCAUAUCUAUCUAUCUAUCUAUCUAUCUAUCUAUCUAUCUCAGUCUGUUCAUAUCUAUCUAUCUAUCUAUCAGUUCACUUCGGUGUGUUCAUAUCUGUAUGUCCGUUUGUCUGUUUAUUUCAGUGUUUUCAUAUCUAUCUAUCUAUCUAUCUAUCUAUCUAUCUCAGUCUGUUCAUAUCUAUCUAUCUAUCUAUCAGUUCACUUCGGUGUGUUCAUAUCUGUAUGUCCGUUUGUCUGUUUAUUUCAGUGUUUUCAUAUCUAUCUAUCUAUCUAUCUAUCUCAGUCUGUUCAUAUCUAUCUAUCUAUCUAUCAGUUCACUUCGGUGUGUUCAUAUCUGUAUGUCCGUUUGUCUGUUUAUUUCAGUGUUUUCAUAUCUAUCAUAUCUAUCUAUCUAUCUAUCAGUCUGUUCAGUCUAUCUAUCUAUCUAUCUAUCUAUCAGUUCACUUCGGUGUGUUCAUAUCUGUAUGUCCGUUUGUCUGUUUAUUUCAGUGUUUUCAUAUCUAUCUAUCUAUCUAUCUAUCUAUCUAUCUCAGUCUGUUCAUAUCUAUCUAUCUAUCUAUCAGUUCACUUCGGUGUGUUCAUAUCUGUAUGUCCGUUUGUCUGUUUAUUUCAGUGUUUUCAUAUCUAUCUAUCUAUCUAUCUAUCUAUCUAUCUAUCUAUCUAUCUCAGUCUGUUCAUAUGUUUUAUCUAUCUAUCUAUCAGUUCACUAUCGGUGUGUUCAUAUCUGUAUGUCCGUUUGUCUGUUUAUUUCAGUGUUUUUUUACAUAUCUAUCUAUCUAUCUAUCUAUCUAUGUCUGUUCAGUCUGUUCAUAUCUAUCUAUCUAUCAGUUCACUUCGGUGUGUUCAUAUCUGUAUGUCCGUUUGUCUGUUUAUUUCAGUGUUUUCUACAUCUAUCUAUCUAUCUAUCUAUCUAUCUAUCUAUCUAUCUAUCUAUCUCAGUCUGUUCAUAUCUAUCUAUCUAUCUAUCAGUUCACUUCUAUCUAUGGUGUGUUCAUAUCUGUAUGUCCGUUUGUCUGUUUAUUUCAGUGUUUUUCAUAUAUUAUCUAUCUAUCUAUCUAUCUAUCUAUCUCAGUCUGUUCAUAUCUAUCUAUCUAUCUAUCAGUUCACUUCGGUGUGUUCAUAUCUGUAUGUCCGUUUGUCUGUUUAUUUCAGUGUUUUUUCUUCAUCUAUCUAUCUAUCUAUCUAUCUAUCUCAGUCUGUUCAUAUCUAUCUAUCUAUCUAUCAGUUCACUUCGGUGUGUUCAUAUCUGUAUGUCCGUUUGUCUGUUUAUUUCAGUGUUUUCAUCUAUCUCAUCUAUCUAUCUGUUUAUCUAUCUAUCUAUCUAUCUAUCUAUCUAUCUCAGUCUGUUCAUAUCUAUCUAUCUAUCAGUUCACUUCGGUGUGUUCAUAUCUGUAUGUCCGUUUGUCUGUUUAUUUCAGUGUUUUCAUAUCUAUCUAUCUAUCUAUCUAUCUAUCUAUCUAUCUAUCUAUCUAUCUCAGUCUGUUCAUAUCUAUCUAUCUAUCUAUCAGUUCACUUCGGUGUGUUCAUAUCUGUAUGUCCGUUUGUCUGUUUAUUUCAGUGUUUUCAUAUCUAUCUAUCUAUCUAUCUAUCUAUCUAUCUAUCUAUCUCAGUCUGUUCAUAUCUAUCUAUCUAUCUAUCAGUUCACUUCGGUGUGUUCAUAUCUGUAUGUCCGUUUGUCUGUUUAUUUCAGUGUUUUCAUAUCUGUCUAUCUAUCUAUCUAUCUAUCUAUCUAUCUAUCUAUCGUUUAUAUCUCAGUCUGUUCAUAUCUAUCUAUCUAUCUAUCAGUUCACUUCGGUGUGUUCAUAUCUGUAUGUCCGUUUGUCUGUUUAUUUCAGUGUUUUCAUAUCUAUCUAUCUAUCUAUCUAUCUAUCUAUCUAUCUAUCUAUGUUAUCCUGUUUAUUAGCUAUCUAUCUAUCUAUCUCACUUUAUGUCUUUAUGUCUCUUUAUAUCUAUCUAUCUAUCUAUCUAUCUAUCUAUCUAUCUAUGUUAUCCUGUUUAUUAGCUAUCUAUCUAUCUAUCUAUCUAUGUUAUCCUGUUUAUUAUCUAUCUAUCUAUCUUCUGUUUCUAUCUAUCUAUCUAUCUAUCUAUCUAUCUAUCUAUGUCACUUUGUUCUUAUCUAUCUCUAUCUGUUUCUGUCUUAUCUAUCUCACAUUGUUCAUAUCUAUCCAUCUAUUUCAUUUUAGUAUUCAAGAAAUAUACAUUCGCAUCUAUCUAUCUAUCUAUCUAUCUAUCUAUCUAUCUAUCUAUCUAUCUAUCUAUCUAUCUCAGUCUGUUCGUGAUCUAUCUAUCUAUCUAUCUAUGAUUGCUGGAUCUUAUUAUACAAUCUUAUGUGUUCCCAAGAAAGUAAUUAUCCAUAGUUUUUUUCAGGAUCUACUUAUAUCUGAAUCUAUAUAUCUUGAAUAUGAUUACAGUCUUCACUAUUUUUUUUUUAUUUCGUUUCUUCUUUUCCAUUUUAUUCUGGUUUCUUUUUGCCUUUCUUUUUCUGUCUCUUUUAUCUUUUUCUCUCUCCUUUCUUUUCUUCUGUCUCACCUUUCUUUAUUUUUAUUCACCGUUAAUUCUCUUUAUUGUUUUGUUUCUCUUUCCGUCUUUCUUCUUUCUAAUCUUUCUUUUUUCUUUCUUUCUUUCUUUCGAUCUUUCGAUCUUUUUUCUUUCGAUCUUUUUUCUUUCUUUCUUUCGAUCUUUCUUUCUUUCAAUCUUUUUCUUUCUUUCUUUCGAUCUUUCUUUCUUUCUUUCGAUCUUUCUUUCUUUUUUCUUUCUUUCUUUCUUUCGAUCUUUUUCUUUCUUUCUUUCGAUCUUUUUUCUUUCUUUCUUUCGAUCUUUUUCUUUCUUUCUUUCGAUCUUUUUCUUUCUUUCUUUCGAUCUUUCUUUCUUUCGAUCUUUUUCUUUCUUUCUUUCGAUCUUUCUUUCUUUCGACCUUUCUUUCUUUUUUCUUUCUUUCUUUCCUUCUCUUUUUCUUUUUUGAUUUCUCUCUUUCCGUCUUCCUUCCUUCUAAUCUUUCUUCCUUUCGUCCAUUCUUUCUUUCUUUCUUUCUUUCUUUCUUUCUUUUUCGUUUGUUUCUUUUCUUUUUUUCCUCAUUCUCUAUAA